CAGCCGAAACGGGAGAGAGGAUGUGGUCGUUAAGAACACAUAAAACAGCCCGUUGGACGCAGAAGUUGAGAGCCAUCAUCAGUCUUUCAAAAUAUCCUCUCUUUCUUGCUUUGGAGGGUUUAAACAGGUAAAAUAAACUAUAUAAAGGACUAUUCGUAUUCGAGGUCUGACAUGCACACUUGGAAGUCAGAGGUCCAGAUGCAGAAAUCUGCAGCUCUCUUUGGGAUGGUCAGCCAUCAGACAGAUUUCACCGAGUUGACUUUCUCCAUGUUCAGCAGCAAAGCAGACAUCAGCCCGAAACGCGUCUCUGCUGACGGCUUCGGAUCGAAUCCCGCCUCGAUACAGAUGACCUGCGGAGCUGAGGAUCUCAAACUGCACGCGCAUCACACCUCCAAACUUCAGCGUUUCAGCAUGUCACCUGGAGAAGUGAAUGGAGGAUGUAUCUCAUUCUGUUCAGAGAAGGAGAGUGCUGCUGAGUUAAUAGGAGAAGAUAGAACCUCACUUCGCUGUGGACAGAAUCUAGCAGUUCAGUCUGGAGCCCAGUAUCAUCACAGCACCCACUGUGAACAGCCCACACAGAGUAUCCACCUGCAGGAAAGCCCCCAUCGAGAUGCUAGGUCUGCUAGCUUUCAGAAGGAUCUCAGCUCAUCUUCUCUACCCAGUGGAUUCAGCUUAAGUGGGUGUCAUGCAUUACACUCGUACCCCAUCAAACAAGAGGGCUUCAUGGGAUACAAACUGGGAUCAGCACUAGGCGACUUUUCCGGAGGGCGAGGAGGGAUGGGUGCAGGUCGUAGGGAAUUGGACCAUCCGAGCAGUAGUGGCGGUGGCAGUGGUAACUUAGCAACUGCUCUGUCGUUGUCUGCAAUGGCGGUGACUGUGUAUCCUUUUAAUAAUGAAGAUGGCUCCUCCCCGCUGGCUUUGUCCCCAAGCAUGCGUCACUCAGCACUGAGUGCUAGUGGGCUGAAGAGACGCUGCCUCUCUGUGGCCUCCCAGUCAGCUGCCACUGCAGCCUCAGAGGGAAUCGAUAUUGCCGCCAACAUCUGCUCCUCCCAAAUGUCCAUGGUGGCCUGCGUUAACGGGCUGCGCACCAAUUCUUCCUCCCCUACCAUGACCACAUUCUCUGGGACACCCAACCAUAAGCCACUCCCCACACCCAGCCCGCAGGACAGCUGCCAGCUGCCGUCACCUUCAGCCUGCCUCCUGCCCCUCUCCUCUUCCUCCUCCUCUUCAGUGUCAUCGGUGGAGCAGUGUGAGGACAUAGGCUCCAUGCAGCCAGGGCCUGGCAUGGGCAGAAGUGAUGGGCUUGGACGUCUCAUACAGCCUGGUACUCUUCUGGAUGGCUGUCAGCAUGGAAAUGGCACUGGUACAGGAAUGCUGAAACAGGAACCUGUGGAUGACUUCUCUCCAAGUGAGGAUGAGUUCUUGCAACAUCACUAUCACCAUCUGGCAAGCCGUGGAAACCACCAGCACAGCCACCUCUGCAGUGGGCAUUCCCACCACCACCACCAUCAGACUGGCCCCACACGGCCUCCCAUGCCCCCACCCUACCACCUGCACCAGUACAUGGGCUCCAGCCCAGGAACUCUGCUACAUCUUCAGAGCAAGCAGUCUUCACCCUCAGGCCUGCUGGCACAACCCAAACCCACAGGCCUGGUAGAACAGCAGGUGUGCGACAGAGAUGAUGCCAUUGGAGUAUUUAGCGAUAAGCAGACAUGCCGCUGGAUUGACUGCAGUGCAGCUUAUGAACAGCAAGAGGAGCUGGUUAGGCAUAUCGAGAAGAUCCACAUUGACCAGCGAAAGGGCGAGGACUUCACCUGCUUUUGGGCCGGAUGUGUCCGGCGCUACAAACCCUUCAAUGCACGCUACAAGUUGCUUAUCCACAUGAGGGUUCACUCUGGAGAGAAGCCAAACAAAUGUAUGUUUGAAGGGUGUAACAAAGCUUUUUCGCGGCUGGAGAAUCUGAAGAUUCACCUGCGCAGUCACACAGGAGAGAAGCCUUACCUGUGCCAGCACCCGGGCUGUCAGAAAGCAUUCAGCAACUCCAGCGACAGAGCAAAGCACCAGCGCACACACCUGGACACUAAACCAUAUGCGUGUCAGAUUCCAGGCUGCACUAAACGCUACACAGACCCAAGUUCCCUCCGCAAACAUGUAAAGAUCCACUCUGCCAAAGAGCAGCAGGUGCGUAGGAAGAUGAGGGCCUGCCCUCUUUUAGAGCCGGAUGCUCUAAGCGAAUGUCUGUCAAUGCAGCAUCUGCAUGGCCCCGCCCCUUCUCAACAUCCCCACUGCCCCACCCCCUCACAGCACUCUCUGAAUGGGAAAGAAGGACGGUCUCCAGCACUUGGGCAGGAGAUGUUCACAGGCCUAUAUGCUGGCUCCAACCCGACACACAAUGGAACCCCACUUGAGUUGCUCUCUCCUGGACCUGACAUGCCCCCCAGGCAGCCCCGCCUGGAUCGCGACAUCGGCAGCCCCCACCAUCUGUCCCCGCUAUCUGGCCUGGAGAAUGGCCACGAUGGGCUGUCUGGAGCUUUGCUGUCUCCAGGGAUCAGUCUGUUGAAGGUGGCUACAUCUCCUCCACCGACACUAGAAAAGCAACAGAACCCUUCUUUUACCCAGCAACAUCUUCACAAUCACCAUAAGCCCUACACCACCUUCCACAACUUGCCCACAAGUGAGGAUUACCGUGGCAACUUUCAGAGCUGUUUUCAUUUUGGCGACAGCUACAGAAUGGAACAGUCCAUCAGCGGAGGUCAUUUACCUGCAGAGUCCCACAUCUUCAACACAAACCCACACAAUGGCUUCCACAUGAGCUGUGCCUCCAGUACCUCUUCUACAGGUUUCAGCUUGGUGCCGGACAUCAUGGGGUCAGGUUGCCAGUUCUCGCCGGGUACAGAGGAGAGUGUUUUCUUUCAGGUGGGCAGCUUUGAUCGUGGCCUGAGCCAAGCGUCGGUCUACACUGAGACGUAGAAGCAGGUUACCUUGUCAGCAAUCGACACAACCCUCUUCUUUCAGACCAAACACUAUUUAUCAUUAUUUUCACUCCUCCAUGCAGUUUCAACCUGUCAACAGUUUUAACUGUUCUCAGAAUUCUGAAAUUGUAUAUUUCUUCAAGUACAUUUCCUUAAAGGAAUAGAUCACAGAAAAAGGAAAAGUCCUUUUUUAGAGGACGAGUCAUUUACUCGUCCUCUAAUUGGUUCAAACCUGUUUGACUUUAUUCUGUGGAAUACAAAAGAAGAUAUUAGGCAGAAUGACAGCCUUAGUCACCAUUCACUUUAAUUGCAUAUUUUUCCCUGUUACAUUCUGUGUAACAUUUCCUUUUGCGUUCCCUAGAUGAAAGUAAUUCAUACAGGUAUAGAACAACAUGAGGGUUAGUAAAUGAUGACAUGAUUAAAAAAAUGAUUUUUUUAGUUGACUAUUCCUUUAAUAUAUUGUUGAAUCACCUCACUGGACUGAAUUAUUCUCUGUUCCCUUGACUACACUAAAAGCUACUAUUCCACUACAACAAAGGUUACACAAUGAGGGAUCUGUGUUGUAGAGCAUUAUUUGUGAGAUGUUAUGAAAUUGUGCUUUUUCAAAGUCAACAGCCUCAUGAGAUACACCCUGGCCAUCAUCACAGCAUCAGUAGUGUUAGGAAAUCCAACUGGUCAGCUUUGGUCCAAUUGUGACUUUGAAAAAGUUGGAUACAAACAGAACCACCACCGCUCAUCAGUGAUGAGUUCCAUAUUGCCCUCUCAGAGCUCUUUUUCUGUGAUGUGUUGGAAAUAGUUAUUUAAUGUUGCAGUGUUUUGCCAGUGAACGUUUGCUUAGUUAUUUGGUUGUCAUCAUCCCAGAUUAAUGGAGUUCUUUAUUUUAUAUUGGUUGAUGGCUUUGAAAUCUACCAAACAUUUCAACACAUGUAUAAAAUGUACAGUUUGUUUAAUAUUAAUAAUUAUGUCAUUCUCUCAAUCUAAGAAAAUAAAUGACUCUUAAA